AUGUCAAACAAACAUCUACAAAGUGAGAGCUUACCAAGUAAGGAUAAAGAGCCAAAUCAGCCUGCAGAAGGAGAUUCUGACUUAGAAACAGAAGAAUAUGAAGAUCAGCUUGAAAAAAAUACAAUUAGACAGCCCUCUGCUUCACUUAUCAUCAACCCUCAAUCAAAUUCCAAAAUUCGGCCUAAAAGGAAGAUCCUCGAAUUUCCCCUUGCAAUUAUUUAUCACAAGCAUCGAGAAGAAAUCAUGUCUGGCUUACUCCUCUUAUAUAUAAAAAUAUUAUUAAAUUAUUCCCAUUUUUGUCAUUAUUAUUUAUAGUAAAUAUCCUCAAAAGAAUACUUUAAGAUUUUAUACUUAAAAAUAAUGAGAUUUAGUACAAUUGCUAUUACAACUAUAUAAAGAUUCUAGACUGGCCUUAUCAAGAAUUCCUUACGACGAUAUUUUAGUUGAAAUUGAAGGGGAUUCUAUUGAUUUUCUUUUUACAAUUAAUUCCUCGUUUACUGCGGAGUCUGUCAGCUUUUCUUCAUCAGAAGACUACGAGCUGUUAUUGCACGAACUUAAUAGAGAUUUCUUAAUUUCAACAAUUCAAUCAAUCCCGAACUGGACUGAAGGCUUUUGGUUUUCAAUUCCUCCACAGCUGAUAUCUCAAUAUCAGCCUUUUCGUGUAAGAAAUACUGAUCAAUAUUCAGUUAUUUAUAAAGGCAACAUGGGAGGCAGGCUUGUUCAUUUAAAACACCCAAGAGAUCCAGUAAAAAUACAAGGAAUUUCCAAAGAAGCGUUUUUACAUAUGCAUUUGCCACAUUCAAAUAUAUUAAGAUGCUAUGGGGUGUCUAAUCUAAUUAUAUUAAAUAAAACUUAUAUCACAUAACCAUAAAUCUAUUUUCUAGGCAAAUUAAAACUUUUCCCUGACUAAUAUUCAUAGAAAUAAUCCAAUAUUUUAUAAUUUCAAAGGAAAAGAAACAUUAGUAUUAGAUUCAUUCCCAUGCUUAUUUGACGUGUUCAAUAAGCUAAGAUUUUCACUUAAAGACAAGCUAGAAAUUAUUAUUGGGCUCGGCUUAGGGCUCAGCUUUAUGCAUAUGAAGAAAAUUUUAUCACUGAACAUUUCUCCAUGGAGUGUUUUCAAAGUAAUAAAAAAUACCUUUGCAAUUGGAGAUUUAGAAAAUUCCGCUAUUAUUGGAUAUGAAAAUAUCAGCCCGAGAUCAUAUAAAGAGCCAUUAUAUGCAUCUCCAGAAGCUCUGAGAGGGGUUAAAAAUAUUUAUUGUGAUAUUUAUGCAUAUGGGUGCUUAUGCUACUAUAUUUUGACUCAAAAACAUUAUAAAGAAAACCGCGAUUUUUCAGAAAUUGAUGAAAAUAUUGCUGAACUUUUGAUGAAAAUUCUUGAUGAAAAUCCUGAGAGAAGACCAGAAGCAGUCUCUUGCGCGGAGUCUUUUAUGAGGAUUUUCAAUGAGCUGGCUUAA